AUGGGCAGAUUAGGUCUUUAUGUUAUAGCAAUGUUAUUUUUAAUCCUUGGACCCUGCAUCGUGCAAGGUCAGUGCACCAGUGGUCAGUUCCAGUGUAGUAAUGGUCAAUGCAUUAAUCAAGACUGGAGGUGUGAUGGAACAAAGGACUGCACAGAUGACUCUGAUGAGCAGAACUGUCCUUUACCCACCUGUAGCUCUCAGCAGUUCAAGUGCUUGACAGGAGGGGAGUGUAUUCCUUUAGCGUUUGUAUGUGAUGGAGAACCAGACUGCACCGAUGGCUCUGAUGAGCAAAGAGCCUGUGGUGGGCAGACAUGUAGCCCAGACCAGUUCACCUGUCGAGAAGGGCAGUGCAUUCCCAAACAAUACAGAUGUGACCAUGUAUCAGACUGUGUGGAUAACUCUGAUGAGAACAACUGCAAUUACCCAGCCUGCACAGAGAAGACAUGUGCUAACAGCGCUUGCUACAACAACACUCAGCACUGCGACGGGAUAUUAGACUGUCGAGAUGGAUCAGAUGAAUCCAAUUGCACAAGGCGUUGCCAGUCGCAUCAGUUUGAAUGUGCCAGUGGAUACUGCAUCCCAAUGCCCUUUGUCUGUGAUCACUGGGAUGACUGUGGAGACAACAGUGAUGAGCAAAACUGUGAGUAUCGGACCUGUAGUGGGUCAGAGUUCACCUGCAGUAAUGAACGCUGUAUGCCUCAGCAGUGGGUGUGUGAUGGCAUCAAUGACUGUGGGGACUUUAGUGAUGAAAAUGGAUGUGACCCAGGCAUACGAGAAUGUUACCCUGGCGAAUGGCCCUGUCCAGGCUCUUCAAUGUGUGUUCCCGUAAACAAAGUGUGUGAUGAACAUCCUGACUGCCCUGGUGGAACAGAUGAGAGCAAUAGUACAGCACAUCUGACCUGUGAUUUGCAUCAGUGUUCUGCUCUGAGCUGUGAGUACCGCUGUCAUCCCAGCCCGCAGGGUGGAGCAUGCUACUGCCCCGAUGGCUUCACUGUGGCCAAUGACAGUCGCACUUGUGUGGACUACGAUGACUGUAAAAUUUGGGGUAUUUGUGAUCAUUUCUGUGAGGAUCGCCCAGGCACACAUCACUGCAGCUGUGCAGAUGGAUACUUCCUAGAGCAGGGUCAUGUCUGCAAGGCCAAUAUUUCAGGGGGUUUACCACAGCUGAUCUUCACAGAUGGUCGUGAUAUCAAGAUGGCAGAUAUUCAUGGGCGGUUUGUAAGGCUUCUGGUCCAAUCAGAUGGUAAAGGUUAUGCUGUGGGUGUCGGUUACAACUGGCACACUCAAAGGAUUUUCUGGACAGACACCAAUUCUCAGAAGGUUUACUCCAUAAAUUUUGAUGGUAGUGAAAAGAUGGAGGUGCUGUCUGAAGCAGUGCACAAUGCCCAGAAUCUGGCUGUGGACUGGAUCAACUUUAAGUUGUACCUUGUUGAGGAACGUGUGGAGAGAAUUGAAGCAUGUGAUUACGAUGGAGGAAACCGUGUCACGCUGAUCGCAGAAAACUUGGUGACCCCUCACGGGCUUGCUCUGGACCCAACAGUGGGAUACAUGUUCUUCACAGACUCUGGCUAUAACACAGAUGAUGUUAAAUUGGAACGGGCAUUCAUGGAUGGCAGUAACCGGUUUGAGCUGGUUAAGACCAGACUGGGUUCCCCUACUGGAAUCACCUUGGAUUUGGUCACUAAGAGGGUUUACUGGACAGAUAGCCAUUUUAACCUGGUUGAGACUGUUACAUAUAGUGGCUUGGACAGGAAAACAGUGUUGAAUGGCGGUCAUCAGGUCCCCCACCCAUUCGGGAUUUCGGUGUUCGAGAACCAUGCCUUUUUCACAGACUGGGUCAAGAUGGGUGUGAUUCGGACCAACCGCUUCAAUGGCAGUGACCCAACUUUUCUGUACCGCUCUACUAACAGACCUGGACAAAUUGUGGUUUCCCAUCCAGCUCUUCAGCCCUUUGUGAUAAACCCAUGUGGCAGACACAAUGGUGGGUGUCAGCAAAUCUGCCUUCUGAGUCACCGUACUGACAACGACGGGCUGGGUUACCGCUGCAAAUGUCGCCUAGGAUACGACCUUCAGGAUGAUCGCCACACUUGCUUUAAGAUUAGAGAUUAUUUACUGGUGGCAAGUGCACAAGCAGUCAGGGGGAUUCCUCUUAACGUUUCGUCCCAAGAGGAUGUCACCCUGCCACUCGCUGGCAUGGCCCAAUCCUUCUCUGGUUCUGGAGUGGAGUACGAUGCGUCAGUGGAGACUGUGUUUUACAAUGACCGAAUGCGACAACUCAUUUACAAAUCACCCAUUAAUGGAACCAAGAAUGAGAUCCUGACAGGUUACAGAGUGGGCUCUGUGGAGUCAAUGGCAUAUGAUUGGACCUCUCACAUCCUCUUCUGGACAUCCAGCACUUAUCGCACCGUUUCUGCUUUUAAAGUAACAGAUGGAUCAAGACGGGACAUUGUUCAGAACUUAAAAUACCCCCGGGGUAUUGCUGUGCACCCCAGUGCAGGAUACCUCUUCUGGUCUGAUUGGUACCGUCCAGCUGUGAUCACCAGAGCAUACACAGAUGGAAGCAAUGCUGUUCCACUAAUCAACUCAACACUCGGCUGGCCUAACGGACUUGCCUUGGACUACCUGAUGGAUAGGCUGUACUGGGUUGAUGCGCAGCUAGACCAGAUUGAGCAUGUGAGCAUUGAUGGGCUAGAUAGACAGGCCUUCUCCAGUAUUGGACAAAUCACUCAUCCUUUCUCGCUUACAGUACACACAGAUCAUCUGUUUGUGUCAGACUGGAGGACAAAUUCUGUUUUCCGAAUGAGGAAGAGGGAUGGUGGGGAAAAUAUAAUACUACGAAAGGGCAUCUCAGGCAUAAUGAACGUUAAGGCCUACUCAGCUGAUCUCCAGAACUUGUUCAAAAGCAGAUGCAAUCUGAUUCCAAACGGCCGCUGCAGCCACUUCUGUUUCCCUAUGCCUGCAUCCAACCGUGUGUGCGGAUGUCCCUAUGGAAUGAAACUGCAGGAGAACCAGAGGGACUGUGUGAAGGAUGAUACUGAGCCCCCACCAGAUGAUAACUGCGGAGACUAUGCCUUUCCCUGCGACGGGGGCCGCUGUGUGCCAAAUUCUUUCCGCUGUGACGGUGUGAAUGACUGUGCCGACAAGACAGAUGAAGCCAACUGCACAGAUCCAGGAACAACCUGCUCUCCAUAUGCCUUCACCUGUGGGAACAAGCACUGCGUCCCUGCUAGUUGGCGCUGUGAUGGGCAUGAUGACUGUGGUGAUGGGACCGAUGAAGAUAACUGCCCAACACGUGUUCCAACUACCUGCUCAUCCAGCCAAUUCGCUUGCGCUAACGGAAACUGCAUCCCAAAAGCAUGGGUGUGCGAUGCCUUCAAUGACUGUGGCGAUGGUUCUGAUGAGAGACAGUGCAAUUCCACUAUCACCACCUGCCAGCCUGGCUUCUUCCUGUGUCCAGAUCACCGUUGUAUAUAUAACUCAUAUGUCUGUGAUGGAGACCAGGACUGUUUAGAUGGAUCUGACGAGAAGGACUGUGAGUACUCCUGUGCAACAUAUGAGUUCGCAUGUGCCAGUGGAGAUCAGUGUGUGAGUCUGAGUUACCGCUGUGAUGGGGUUUAUGACUGCAGGGACCACUCAGAUGAGAGCGGCUGUCCCACACGUGGGCCAGGUCUAUGCCAUGACAAUGAGUUCCAGUGCCAGGUUGAUGGAUUCUGCAUUCCGAAAACGUGGGAAUGUGAUGGCCAUCCAGACUGUGAGGAUGGCUCUGACGAGCACAAUGGCUGCCCACCCCGAACCUGCAGUUCUUACCAGUUCCAGUGUGCUAAUGGAAACUGUGUGCCUCAGAGCUGGGUUUGUGAUGGGGAUAAUGAUUGCAGGGAUAUGAGUGAUGAAACCAACUGUCCCACUCCACCAUUCAGCUGCCCAUCAGGUCAGUGGUUGUGUCCCACAGACCAGGUGUGCAUCACAGAUGCUCAGGUGUGUGAUGGCCAGAGAGACUGCCCCAAUGGAGCUGACGAGUCUCCCCUCUGCAAUGAAGAUGACUGUCAGGUAAAUAACGGAGGCUGCAGUCAUGGUUGUAUUCAGGGUCCAUUUGGAGCUCAGUGUACCUGUGAACCAGGAUUCCAGCUGCUGAACGACUCAAAGACCUGCGACGACAUAAACGAGUGUCUGAUCCCUGGAUUCUGCAGUCAAACCUGCUACAAUGAGCGUGGCUCCUUCCGAUGCUACUGCCAAGAUGGUUACCAGCUGGAGCCCGAUGGACGUACAUGCAGAGUCACAUCUCCAGGUGAUGCUUUACUUCUGGUGGCCAGACGCAGCCAGAUCAGUGCUAACCGCAUCUACUUCAGGCCACCCCUUAUUGUUCCUGUUGUCAGUGGCACAAGCAUUGUUGCUGUGGACUUUGAUAAUGUCAAUAAACGAGUCUACUGGGGUGAUUCAUCUGAGAAAAUGAUCUAUAGUUCUUUCCAGAAUGGCACAGACAAAAAACAGGUUUUCUCUUCAGGCCUGAUGGUACCUGAAAGCAUCGCAGUGGAUUGGGUGGGUAGAAACAUUUACUGGACCGACUACGUCAUGGAAAACAUUGAAGUAUCUACUCUGGACGGCCGUUUCCGGAAGGUUUUGAUUACCAAGAAUGUUACCAGCCCUCGCGGACUGGCUCUAGACCCCCGCAGCUACACCAAUGUAAUGUUCUGGUCAGACUGGGGUCAGAACCCUCGAAUAGAGCAGGCUAGUAUGGACGGAUCUGCAAGAAGAGCAAUUGUGACUAACAAGGUAUACUGGCCCAACGGACUUACACUGGAUUACACAACUAGAAGACUAUACUUUGUUGACGCCUACCUGAAAUAUAUUGACUACUGUGACUACGAUGGCAAAAACAGGCAUCAAGUCUUUGCAAGUGACAUGGUUCUUCAGCAACCCCAUGGCAUAACCAUCUUCGAAGACAACAUAUACUGGAGUGACCGCUACACAAGCCAAAUCAUGAGGACUAACAAAUUUCAUGGAGGAAACAUCACCACCCUUCUGACCAGUGUGUACCAGUGCAUGGGUAUCGCCAUGGAUCACCCCGUCAAGCAGCCUUUAGGACUUAACCCCUGUGAGAACCAUCAAUGCAGUCAGCUGUGUCUGCUAUCAACCUUAAGACCACGAUACUACAGGUGUGACUGCCAGUCUGGCUGGACCCUUGCCAGCGAUAGUCGUACUUGUACUAAAGAUGACACACCAUUCUUGACGGUCGUCAGAGAUACAGUAAUUAUGGGAAUUCCUCUCAACCCCAGUGACACAUCCAACAAUGCCAUGGCACCAAUUUCAGGCAUCACACAAGGCCGAGAUAUUGAUUUUGAUGAUCAAGAGCAGUUUGUCUACUGGGUGCAAGGCACUGGCUCAAUUUAUAGAAUUAAGACAGAUGGGUCCAAUCGAACUCAGUUUGCACCAGCUGCUAUCAUUGGUUCCCCCUCCGGUCUUGCUUUUGAUUGGAUAACACGGAUCAUGUACUACACUAAUCCCACUGUUAAGGCCAUUGAGGUCAUUAGGGUUGAUGGAUCUCAACAUUACAGGAAGACAAUCAUCACAAACACAGGGAAACCAGAGGGAGCUGGAGAGCCAAUAGGAAUAGCUCUUGAUCCAGCCAGAGGGACACUGUUCUGGACAGACAGAGGUUCAGAUAGUGGAGUUCCACCAAAGGUGGCAAGUGCAGACAUGGAUGGUGGAAACCUCAGAAACCUCUACACUGGCAACCUGGGCAAUGUUGAGUUCAUCGCUGCAGACAUAGAGGCCAGGAAAAUCUACUGGGGUGUCCCUCAAACUGGGAUGGUGAGAAACAUACACUUGUUCAUAAAUCCUCAUGUGGAAAUAAGUAUUCUCUGUGAUCGGCAGAUUGAAUGUGGAACGAUGGAUGGUGCAAGCAGGGUGACCAUCGUGAGCGGCCUGUCUCACCCCUGGGGCAUCACUGUGUACCAAAACUACCUUUACUACACUGACCUUGACUAUGAGGUCAUUGAGAGAGUGGACAAGAACACAGGCGCAGACAUGGUGGUGAUGAGGAGUGGCAUGGCAGGGGUGCGGGCACUGAAAGUGCAUGCCAGAGACAACUCUGCUGGCACUACCAAUGCUUGCAGUACGGACAAUGGAGGCUGUCCCCACCUGUGUCUGCCAAAACCUGAUGGACAAAAGACAUGCGCCUGCACCACAGGUUUUAUCCCAUCUCAGGAUGGGUCUCACUGUGAACAGUAUGACUCUUAUGCUAUAGUGUCCUCUUCCAAAUUUAUUAGAGGAUUCCACAUCAACAGCUCUGACCACUCUGAGGCCAUGGUUCCUGUUGGAGCAAAUACUUACUCAGUUCUCAGCAAGCUGGAAAUGCACAUCGCCUCUGGAUUCCUGUACUGGAUUAAUAACAGCACCUACUCAUCCUACAGAGGCAUUUACAGGACAAAGACAGAUGGCUCACGCUAUUCUACUGUCAUCAGUCAGUUAGGCACUGGAAGGAUUCAGGGCUUGGCAGUAGAUUGGAUCGCAGGAAACUUGUACUUCACUAAUGCAUAUACCUCUCAAACAUACCUUGAGGUGUUACGUCUGAACACAAGCGUUCAACUUAUCCUGCUGAAGAGUUCAGUGGAUCGUCCCCUAGAUCUUGCCGUCAGCCCUAAAUUGCGUCUCCUCUUCUGGACUGAUGCUGGUCAGUCACCCAAGAUUGAGAGCGCUCUUUUGGAUGGUACCAAUCGGACAGUUCUUGCCUCUGAGAGCCUGUCAUCCCCCCGAGGGUUAACAGUCGAUUACACCAAUGACUUAUUGUACUGGGUUGAUGACACACUGGAUAUGAUUUCCUGCAUGGCAUCCGAUGGUUCUCAGCGGCAGAUUGUACGCUACGGAAGUCGCUACCCCGCGCCAUACAGUGUCGCUAUCUUUGGCGAGUACAUGCUGUGGGUGGAUCGCAAACUGGGCAAACUGUUCCAGGCCAGCAAGAGUCCUGGGAAUACAGACAUGCCAGAGGUGAUCCGAGAUGGUAUAGAGGAUCUGACAGACAUUGGAGUGUUCGACUCCCAUGUUCAGCCCACUUCUGCCAACCUGGUGGGUUUUAACCCAUGCCAAGAGGACAACGGGCGCUGUCAACAAUUUUGUUUUGCAAUGCCCAAGCAGCAACAGCCCAAAUGUGCCUGUGCCCAUGGUUCUCUGCUCAGCAAUGGAGUCUCAUGUGGCUUUGGCCUGGAUGAGUACCUGAUCUUCACCACGGAUUACACCGUGAACAGCAUGAGGCUGGACCCAGAAGACCACAGCACCCCAUUUCCCACCUUUACCCUGGGCUAUGGUGUUUUAGCCACAGAGUUUGACUUCCAGGACAAGAGAGUGUUCUUUACCCAGUAUGUGGCUUUAGGCAGGAGUAAAAUAGGAUACAUUCUAACCACCAGCAGCACUAGCCCACCGAUCACCAUAGCCAGUGAUCUGGAUGAUCCUGAAGGUCUGGCCUAUGAUUGGAUCCACAAGCGUCUUUAUUUCACAGAUUAUUACAAUAGGAGUGUGCAGUCUAUGGGAAUAGAUGGCCAAAACCGUUCCUUCAUUGCACAUGGUGACCGCCCCAGAGCCAUUGUGGUGGAUCCCUGCUAUGGAUACCUGUACUGGACUGACUGGGGUUCCCCUGCUAAAAUUGAACGAGCCACACUUGGUGGAAACUUCCGGAUCCCAAUUGUAAACACAAGCCUCUCUCAGCCUAAUGCUCUGUCUUUGGAUUAUGAGGAACGACUGCUGUAUUGGGCUGAUGCAACACUGGAUAAGAUUGAGCGUGCCUCUUUGACUGGAGAGAACAGGGAGAUCAUUCUUAGUCAGACACAGUACCCAUUUUCUGUGACAGUGUUCCAGCAGGAUAUCUACUGGACUGACUGGAACACACGGAUCGUGUACCGCGCCAACAAGGACGACGGUUCUGGUCUGACUAUAAUGGCCACCAAUCUCCAAUACAGACCCAAUGACAUCCACGUCUUCUCUGCCAGCAGGCAGGAGAGCUGCUCGAGUCCCUGCCAGCUGUUCAAUGGAGGCUGCAGCCAUGUUUGUGUCCCAGGUCCAACUGGUCCAGAGUGUCAGUGUCCCAGCACUGGUAACUGGUAUCUGGCCAACGAUGGGAAAGACUGCAUCCCUGACAAUGGGCAGCGGUGCCAUGCAGAUCAAUUCACCUGUCUAGAUGGAAGCUGUUUUGCCCAGCGCUGGAAAUGUGAUGGCUACAGGGACUGCAUAGAUGGCUCAGAUGAGCUCGAGAGAGUGUGUGCUUUCCACACCUGCUCACCCACGGAAUUCACCUGUGAUAACGGAGGCUGUGUGCCUCUGUACUAUGUGUGUGACUACACAAACGACUGUGGAGAUAACAGCGACGAGCAUGGCUGUCCCUUCCCAACCUGUAACCCUACCACAGAGUUCACCUGUGCUAACGGGCGCUGCAUCAGUGCAGCUUUUGUGUGUGAUGGAUUCAAUGACUGCCGAGACAACGGCACCACGGAUGAAGUUAACUGUCCGGACAGAACCUGUGCACCCGGCUUAGUAAAAUGUGACACCACCAACAUCUGCAUUUCUUCAAGUAGCCUGUGUGAUGGCUUUAAUAACUGUGGGGACAACAGUGAUGAAAAUCCACUCUUCUGUGCUAGCCGGACUUGCUCGGCAGAUGAGUUCCGCUGUGAUAACGGGAAGUGUAUUCCCCAGUUAUGGGUGUGUGAUCGCAUCCCAGAUUGUUUGGACGGCACAGAUGAGCCACCCACCUGCGAGGAUCAGGUUCGUACUUGUAACCCUCAGCAGUUUAGCUGUGCGAAUGGACACUGCAUUUUGGCAAUGUGGGUAUGUGAUGGCAACAACGACUGUGGAGACAACAGUGACGAAGCCCAGGAACUGCAGUGCGGAUCAAGGACUUGUAACCCCAGCGAUUUCACGUGCCCCACUUGGUACCCAGGCUCUCCACGCUGUAUUCCUUGGAGUUAUGUGUGCGAUGGUGAGAAGGAUUGCACAGAUGCCGCAGAUGAGCUGCACAACUGCCCCAACCGUACCUGCCACAUGAAUGAGUUUGCUUGUGCCAAUGGUCGCUGCAUUCUGGUGCCCUUCCACUGUGACCGUGUGAAUGACUGUGGGGACAGCAGUGAUGAGAUCGGCUGCGUGUACCGCACCUGCUCCAGUCAAGAGUUCACCUGUCAGAAUGGAGUGUGUAUUCCAUCGACGUAUGUAUGUGAUGGUUAUAUAGACUGUCAGGAUGGCACUGAUGAACUCGAGGGCUUGUGCAGGAGUCCAGAACCCACCUGUGCACCUGGAGAAUUCAUGUGCAAUUCUGGGGAGUGCAUUGACAUCCACAAGGUCUGCGACCAUCAAAGGGACUGCUCUGACAACAGUGAUGAGAAGGGCUGUGGCAUAAAUGAGUGCAGUAACCCAGCCAUUCACCAGUGUGCUCAGAACUGCGUAGACACCCAGACGGGUUACUACUGCUCCUGCAGGGAUGGCUACAAACUCAUGCCAGAUGGCAAGGCCUGUGAGGAUAUAGACGAAUGCAAAGAGGAGCCGGGAGUGUGCAGUCAGGUGUGCGAGAAUGCUGUGGGUUCCUUCUAUUGCAAGUGUGCACCGGGAUACCUACGGGAGCCUGAUGGACGCACCUGCCGGCAGAACAGUGGGAUCGCACCGUACCUCCUCUACAGCAACCGUUACUAUAUCCGUAACCUGACCGCUGAUGGAACAUCCUCAUCGGUGGUGCUGCAGGGACUAUUGAACGUUGUUGCUCUGGACUUUGAUACUACUGAGAAGCGUUUAUACUGGGUGGAUAUUGGCACACAGCGCAUUGAGAGGAUGUAUUUAGACGGGACAGGAAGGGAGGUCAUAUUGAAGAGUGACCUGGACGGAGCAGAAGGCCUGGCUGUGGACUGGGUGGGCCGAAAGCUAUACUGGGCAGAUGUGAUUAUGGAAGCCAUUCAUGUCUCUGAACUUGAUGGACGUUACCGGAAAAAACUCCUGAAAGGUUGUGUUGAUGCCAACUCUACAUACUGCUUCACCAAUCCGCGGGCUGUUGCUGUUAACCCUAAAUAUGGAUGGCUAUACUGGACAGACUGGGGGCGGACGGCUUUCAUUGGCAGGGCUGGAAUGGACGGAACCAACGUAUCAGCUAUCAUCACUACCAAGCUAGUGUGGCCUCAUGCCCUGACCAUCGACUACACCAACAACAAGAUCUUUUUUGCUGACGCUCACCUCAAUUUCCUUGAUUAUGCUGAUAUGGAUGGACAAAACAGACAUAGGGCUAUAACAGGCUCCAUGCCCCAUGCUUUCGCACUGACCCUGUUUGAGGAUUUGGUGUACUGGACCGACUGGAACACCCACACCAUAGAGAGAGCCCACAAAUACACUGGUGCUAACCGUGUUGUAAUGGGAAACAACACACACCGCCCUAAUGACAUCCACAUUUACCACCCUUACAGACAGCCACGCAGUGACAAUCCCUGCAAUGACCAUCACCUGACCUGUAGUCACCUAUGUCUGAUUGGACCCGGUGGGACGAUGGCCAGAUGUGAGUGUCCAGAUCACUUCAUUGGUCUGGCAGUUGGCUUUAAGAUACAGUGUGUGGCCGACUGCUCCAGCACUCAGUUCCGCUGUGGAGACAAUGAGAAGUGCAUUCCCAUAUGGUGGAAGUGUGAUGGUCAGUCAGACUGUGGGGACGGCUCCGAUGAGCCUCAGACAUGUUCUCCACGUUACUGCCCAAUUGGACGCUUCCAGUGCCAGGAUGGGAACUGCACCUACCCGUUUUUCCUGUGUGAUGGCCAUAAUGAUUGCCCAGAUGGAUCUGAUGAAGAUGCUGCACUCUGCAGUGACCAUCGUUGCUCUGAGAACCAGUUCCAGUGUAAAAAUAAGCACUGUAUCCCAAUAUCUUGGCACUGCGAUGGCAUACAGGACUGUGCGGAUGGCAGCGAUGAGGAAGCUGACAGCUGUGCUGAGAAAACCUGCAAACCUGGACAGUUUCAAUGCAAAAACGGACUCUGCAUACCACCAAGCUAUGUGUGUGACGCACAGAACGACUGUGGAGACCAAUCAGAUGAGCCAUAUGAUGAGUGCAUGGGUCCUGAUCAUAAGUGUGAUGCAGACACUGAGUUCUCCUGUGAUACAAACUAUCGUUGUAUACCUCUGUGGGCUGUGUGUGAUGGCACCAAUGACUGUCUAGACAACAGUGAUGAGCAGAGCUGCCAUGAGCUGACCUGUGACCCUCUGGGAGAUUUCCGCUGUGAUAAUCACCGAUGUGUACCCAUUCGCUGGCGCUGUGAUGGGAACAAUGACUGUCGGGAUGGAUCUGAUGAGAGAAACUGUGAACCAAGACCUUGCUCUGAGAGCGAGUAUCGCUGUGACAACCAGCAGUGCAUUCCAGGAUCUUGGGUUUGUGACCAUGACAAUGAUUGUGGGGACAAUUCUGAUGAGCGAGACUGUGAGCUGCGGACCUGUCGUCCUGGAACAUUCCAGUGUACAUCUGGACACUGCAUCCCAGAAGCUCUUAAAUGUGAUGGUUUUGCCGACUGCCUGGACUACUCUGAUGAGUCCACCUGCCCAACUCGCUAUCCUGGAGGACGCUGGUGUCCGUCAAACCAGUUCCAGUGUAACAACAAGCUAUGUGUGAACCAGCAGUGGGUAUGUGAUGGCUUCAACGACUGUGGAGACCGCUCAGAUGAGCAACUCAGCCUCUGCUGGAACAUUACAUGUGAAAUGCCAGCCAAAUUCCGCUGUGACAGUGGCUACUGCAUUUAUAGUGGUCUCAUGUGCAACCAAAAAGACGACUGUGGGGAUGGCAGUGACGAAAAGGAGGACAACUGUCAGGAACCCACUCUCGCCCCCUGUACGCCCAAUGAGUUUAAAUGCACUAAUGGCCACUGUGUGGCUCUGCCUUACGUGUGUGACCACAACGACAACUGUGGAGACCUUACAGAUGAGCUGGGCUGCAAUUUUGGCCACGACCGCAACUGUGAUGAGAAAUUAUGUCAGCACGAGUGUACAAACCUGAACAGCACAGGCUUCAUCUGCUCUUGUAAACCCGGCUAUGCUGUGGAUCCAGAUAACACCUUCCGCUGCAAUGAUAUAGAUGAGUGUUUAGAGUAUGGCACAUGCCCGCAGGCCUGCAAAAACACUAAAGGAAGCUAUGACUGUGAUUGUGCCCUGGGUUACAGGAAAGUGGGCACAGGCAAUCAGUGUGAGGCUGAAGGUCCUGGACCACUGCUCCUGCUGCCAGAGAACAUUCGCAUCCGACGCUACAACCUCCAGACAGAGGAAUAUCAUGACUUUUUGCAGGAAGAGGAGCGCAUUGUGGCGCUGGACUACGAUUGGGACCACAACAACACUGGACUUAGUAUGGCGUAUUUUACAGUAGAAGGAAAUGGUGCAUUGCCUGGUGCUAUUAAAAGAGCUUAUCUGCCAGCUGUGGAUGAUCAUAAUAAUAACAUUGCUGUUGCUGUCAAGCUGGACAUCAAGUACAUCACCAAGCCUUAUGGCAUUGCAGUGGACUGGGUUGGCAGGAAUUUGUACUGGACUGAUGCGCAGCUCAAACGUCUGGAGGUGGCCUUGUUGGAUGGGCGUUACAGGAAGCAUCUGAUUAAGACUGACCUGCAAGAACCCAAUUCUGUGGCUGUAAACCCUCAUUCGGGCAUGCUCUACUGGAUAGACAAUGGCAACAUGCCACGUAUCGAAGGCUCCUGGUUGGAUGGUCAAGAGAGAAUGGUUCUUGUGGACAGUGCUUUGGGUUGGCCUACAGGCCUGUCCAUCGACUUCACAAACAGCGACCGGAUCUAUUGGUCAGAUGCAAAGGAGAGUCGCAUUGAGUCCAUACUGCCAGAUGGACAGAGCAGACAAAUAUCAGUUUUCAUAGAUGUAAGAAACCCUUUCAGUGUGAAUGUAUUUGAGGACCAUGUGUAUUGGAGCACGCAGGAGAAGGGUGAAGUGUUCAGACAGGACAAGUUUGGCAAAGGCACCAAAACCAGACUCCUAAUAGCAGGACCUUGGCUUACCCAGAUCAAUGUCUACCAGCAGCAGAAAUACAAAUCUAUAGCCUUGAAGAACCCUUGUAAGGGCACAUGCAGUCACCUGUGUCUGCUGAGGCCGGGAGGCUACACCUGUGCCUGCCCAGAGGGCACCAGCUUCUUCCCUGGCAGCAGUACUGAAUGUGACACAGUUGCUAUUGCUCUUGGAGUUACAGCUGUUAUAGCUCUUUUCCUGGUUUGCCUGAUAUAUUCUGCAAAAAAGAAGGAGAAAAUUAUUAACACUCUACAUAACAUUAAUCUGCCUAUUAGUGUAUCUAACAUCAGUAGGCCCAACUUCUGGGGUGGUAACUCUGAACGUUUUAACAACCCAUCUGAAUCGGAGAAUGACAGCAGCAACUUUCCGAAAGAGGAAUCCAGCACCUCAUUAGAAGUGGAGGGAAAAGGAAGGAGUUUUGAGAACCCAGCAUACAGCGAGGAUGCGCAGGGAUCUCCUGCUGCACCUACUGCUGUAGCCACUACAGUCAUGAAUGGGCCUGCCAAAGAGAGUGUUGAAAACCCAAUGUAUGCUGCUGAGUUGAGCUUUGUGACCCAGCCAAUUGAUGGUGCAACCCCUGUCAAAGCAGAUGCCACACCAGUCAACACUGAACCUGACAAGGCUGAUACUUCACAGCUACAGAACGAGGUGGAUAUGCAUGAUAUGUUCGACAAUCCCUUAUAUAUGGAUGCACCACAAACACACAGCCAGGGAGAAUCUACAAUCUGAAGACAAUUUGAGAGCAUCUUACAGGAUCGGCUCUCAAUCAUUUCAGCAGCUAAGGUGUAUGGCUGGUAAAUUAUGCCUGCAGUAUACCAUCCAUCUUACUCGCAUGUGAUUUAGGUUUCUAUUUACUGUGAGUUACAACAAAGUUUUGGACAGCACACAUGCCAUAAACUGUGAAUAGUUUUGUUGAUUGUUCUUUUUAUUAUAUUUUUAUAGAUAAAGAUU